GCCACAGCACAGCGAUCUGUGACGCCUGUUACGGCGACACACAGCGAUCUGUGACGGCGACAGCACAGCGAUCUGUGACACCUGUGACGGCCACAGCACAGCGAUCUGUGACGCCUGUGACGGCGACAGAACAGCGACCUGUGACGCCUGUGACCGCGAGAGCCCAGCGACAAGGCGAGUGGACCUGCGUUAGGGACAGGAACAAAGGCAGCCACACAGCGACAGAUUACACUCUGCACGAGCGAGAGGCGCAGUGCUCAAUGCUGAACAGUGCGGACGCUGUGGGGCUGGGCCUGAGGAGUGCAGCGGAAAAUCAGGGGGGAGCAGAAAACUCAGUGUCUGAAGGAGAUGAAAACGCACAGACACUGAGUUUACAGGCUCCUGAACUGAAAGAAAAGGAUCCGUCAGCAACAGAAGCACGGCCCUUGAGCGCAAGUUCAAAGCAGGUACAAAAGGAACUGGGAGUACCAAAGACUGACAACAGAAUGAAGAGACUUGAAAAGGAAAACAGGAGACUAAGGAAGAUCCUUAAAAACCCGACAGAAGAGCGAGGGAAACAACUUGAUGAGGAAUUUGAGCCUCCCAGCAUGCAAGACGCUCUCUGUCAGAAGAACUACAUGAGGAGGAUAAAGAGACAAAGCAGGAAAAUGGAGGAUUUCAUUAAAAAUCUAAUAGCUGCGCCUCGGAAUAGAACAAGAGACCCUGACAGCACAGCCACUGGCGAGGGCAACAGCCCAGCGACUGGCGAGGGCGAGAGUCCACUGACCAGUGACGGCGAGUGCACAGCCACCAGUGAGGGUGACAGCAAGAGUACAGCCGAUUGUACAAGAUUAAAAUAUCGUUCUCCUCGUAUCCCUCAUUUAGUACUACUAUAUUUAUUCUGGUGUUCAAUUAUUUCUUUUUACUAUUUUCUUUAAGGACCAGUGUAAGGAGUCUGUGUAUUCAGUUUUUAAAUGCCGCUAAUUGUAAAGGCAUCAUAUAUAGUAUUUUUAGUAGCAAAUCACACAUAAUUUUGAAACAUGACACAAAUUUAUUAAAUAUGUUUACUAAUAUUA